CUUUUGCCCAAGAUGGCUCCUAAAGCGAAGAAGGAAGCUGUCCCUCCUAAGAUUGAAGCAAAGUCUAAGGCUCUCAAGGCCAAAAAGGCUGUGUUGAAAGGAGUCCAUAGUCACAAGAAAAAGAAAAUAAGGACCUCACCAACCUUCAGGAGACCAAAAACACUCAGACUGAGGAGGCAACCCAAAUAUCCUAGAAAGAGUGCCCCCACAAGGAACAAGCUUGAUCAUUAUGCUAUUAUCAAGUUCCCACUGACCACUGAGUCAGCCAUGAAGAAGAUCGAGGACAACAAUACUCUGGUUUUCAUUGUUGAUGUUAAAGCAAACAAGCACCAGAUCAAACAGGCAGUGAAGAAACUCUAUGACAUUGAUGUACAAAAAGUGAACACCUUGAUCAGGCCUGAUGGUGAAAAGAAAGCAUACGUCCGCCUAGCUCCAGAUUAUGAUGCUUUGGAUGUUGCAAACAAGAUUGGCAUCAUCUAAACCUGCAUCUUCAAAAAGCUGUACAGAAAUAAAUGUGUUUUUCUGCCUA